AUGGCCAGUGACAACGGCUCCCGUUCAGACCCGCGGCGGCCCACCAGCAUGGAUGACUCGGGUUAUUCGCAGCCGUCGUUCAAACGCCAGAGGACUGCUCUGGCCUGUAACAGUUGCCGAGUGUCUGAGGGGCACGAGGCUAGACUGAGCUCCAUAGAGCAAACGCUGCAGCUCCUUUUGGAGGAGAACCGGCAGAGGGACAGGCAACAAGCUGCCUGGGGCGUGGCUGAAUUAUCGUCCAUUGACUCCCAGUGCGGUACAUAUGCUACUUCCCAGCCUCAGGAAGGAGACGCAGCGACUGCGUCUCAUUACGGGAAUCCCGUCGCCAAUAUCCCAGAAGAUGACACUGUUGAUGGCAUGGGGGCCAUAAAAUUUGCGGAUGAGCAAGAGUCUGGCUUCUUUGGGCCGUCGUCCACUGUGGCCUUUAUAAAGCAGAUUGCAGGUGCAGUUGCUGCAGCAUCCUCUGCUGCCGCAGGCCCAGGCUCAGAAGACCACGUCCUACCUUCUGAGAGCCGAGUCGACGGCGAGCUGCUACGUGUUUCCAGACCUGCAUCGCCAGUAACUAACCCCCAGGUCUUCAACGGCGCGUCAGACAUCGCCGAUGUGUACAUCUUGCCCCCAGAGGUAGACACGCUCAAUCUCGUAAGGUUGUUUUUCAAAGACACCGGCAUGCUGUUCCCGUACAUUCACGAGCAGUCGGUGCUCGACGGAGUCAAAGCCGUGAAACGAGACGGCUUUAGCUCGGCUCGACGCUCGUGGUUGUGCUUGCUCAAUAUGAUAUUAGCGUUCGUGACCUGCAUCAGUGCCCAGCCUGACCAACCCGUGGAACAAAACGCGGCCGACUCAAAUGUCUACUUCAUGCGGGCUCAGAAACUCUCAGGAAACUUGACCUUCAAGAAUGUCAACAUAGAGAUUGUUCAGUAUCUGCUCCUGAUGACUCAGUACCUGCAGGGGACGCACCGCUCGGCCCAGACGUGGAAUGUUCACGGGCUGACAGUCAAAGCUGCGCUCCAGCUGGGGCUUCAUGUUGAGAAUGCAUCGUCCGGGUUUAAUGCUGUCGAGAGAGAGGUCCGGAAGCGUACCUGGUACGGAUGCAUCAUUUUGGACAGGACAAUGAGCAUGACCUUUGGGCGGCCCCCGGCUAUUCCGACCGAACACGUCCGGAUGGAGUUGCCCGUAAGCGCUGAUCUUGGGUCAUUGAUCUCUGGGGACGAAUUCCAGCCUGAAGAUGGUGGUACCUCUACAGCCGUGUUCUUUGUUGCUACCAUCACCUUGUACCAAAUCCUUGGCGAUAUCAUUGCAAAUCAGUAUGACCAGAACAUUGGGACGUCGACCCAUACCUCCCUAUCAUGCUUGUUGGAAAAUACAAUCAGAUUGGAAGGCCAACUUCUGGCGUGGAAACGCGUCCUGCCUGACACUCUGAGCCGAAGGCCGUGGGAUGUGAAAUCGGGUGAGUCUGGAGCUGACGUUGUUUUUGACAAAUUAUCUGUCAUUCUCACGUUGAGGUAUCUCAACAUUCGUACUCUACUCCAUCGACCGGUCCUUGCGAGGUACCUGGAGCAGCUUCGAGUUCAGGAUCCAGACCAAAAUGAGAUGAUGUGGAUGCAGCGCUUUGGACAGCCAUAUCUCGAGGCGUGCAUUGAAUCCGCCUCAGAGAUCAUUACCAUUGUCCACAACCUCAGUGACACGCCAUCGACGCUUGGAGCUUGGUGGUUUUCCACCUACUACACUUUUAACGCAGCAUUGAUCAUCUUCUCGGCACUGCUCAUUCAUGCCAACGACAAGUCGUGGCUAGGGUCUCAGAGUAAUAUCAGCGCGACAGACCUACGUGCCAGCCUACAGUUGGCUGCACAGGCUCUCCGAAAACUUGGGAAUGGUGCGAGGCUCUCCAGGAGGUGUUGCAAAUUCUUAGCAGUCCUCGUGCGGACAACGGCAGUAACCGGUUAG